UGUUUUAUAGAACAAAAAAAAAAACAUAAUGUAUGUUAAUUUGUAUGAACUUUUAAAAUUUACUAACAUGUAACAACUUCAAAUAGCAACAACUACUAUAUAAGUCUAGAAACAGAGCUAGCAGUAGCAUACUCACAACAACACAAGUCUUUAAUUUAUUGCAUAACAAGUACUUCUCAGAAGUUUCACUAUCUCCGGCCAAUCAUGAAGAGAUCAUCCUCCACCAUCACAUCAUUACCGUGUCUCUCUCUCUUUCUCCUCCUGCUUCUGCCGUCAGUAUACUCCGACGAUGAUCUUAUCGACAAAAUAUGCCAAGCAACGCCGUUCUGCGACCUCUGUGAAGCCUCUCUCCGUCCACUCUCCCCCUCACCUUCCGAUCCCAAAUCUUUAGCGGCAGCUAUGGCUAGCGUCGUGCUCGGUAACAUGACCGAUACACUAGGAUACAUCCAAUCUCUGAUCAGACAUUCUCACGAUCCUGCGGCAGAGCGAGCGCUGGCUCAGUGCGCCGAGCUGUACCGGCCGGUGGUCAAGUUUAAUAUUCCUCAGGCGAUGGAAGCAAUGCGGCGCGGCAAGUUCGGACUGGCGAUAUACGUCCUCGGAGACGCGGAGAAGCAGACUGAUUCCUGCCAGAAAGGGAUCACAAACGCCGGCGCGGACGACGAGAGCUCGGUGGCCCUUACCGCUAGAAACAAGCUGGUAAAGAAUCUUUGUGACGUGGCGAUGUCUGUGAUUAAGUCUCUGCUGAAUGGUCUUUGAGAAUCUCUGUUCAUUAACUAUCAUCAUUAUCAUAUAUACAUAUAUUUGUAAUUACCGACACGAACAAAAUUCUAUUAUAAAAUUCGGUAGAGAUAUUAUUACAUUA